GACAUCUCUCGAAGGAUGACCUGAAAACUGAAGCAGCCGAAGCCAGAUAAACCCUUUAACAAUAAAGCAGUUAGUUUACGAAGUUAACAUCCUCUAAAUCAAGAAAAUAGUAACAUACGUAUUUUAACUUUAACUCUCAAAAUGUCGUUCGAGUCGAUUCCAAAAGAUCUGCGUGGUUUGCGAGCCUGCUUGGUUUGUUCACUAGUGAAGACUUUCGAUCAGUUUGAAUACGAUGGUUGCGAAAACUGUGAAGAUUUCCUUCGAAUGAAGAAUAACAAGGAUCAGGUGUAUGAUUGUACGAGUAACAAUUUUGAUGGAUUGAUAGCUGUAAUGAGCCCCGAGGACAGUUGGGUCUGUAAAUGGCAACGCAUCAAUCGGUUUACGAAAGGAAUCUACGCUAUUUCAGUGUCUGGACGUCUGCCGAAUGGAAUCAUUCGUGAGAUGAAAAAUAGGGGUAUACCGUAUAGGCCGCGGGAUACCAGUCAGCGUUAAUUAAUUAAGGCAAAUCUUUUAUACAAUAAAAUGACAAAAAUGAAAUAUUCAUAA